AAUAAUAGCGAUUAAAGAGAGAUAAUUUUAUAAAACAAGUCAUAAAGGGAGGAAUAAUUUGGGACAAGGGAGUACAAUAUAAAACCGUGAGAGUGAGUGAUAAAAGGAAAUAAAAGUGAACACAAAAUGUCAAAACUUGCCUCUAUUGUCACCUUGGCUCUUCUAUUAAGUUUUACUUUAAUCUAUGCUUCCCGUCCUAACAUUGGAUUCAACGAUGUACGCGAGGAUGUUGUGGCUAGCAAAGCAUCAUCAAAUGUAGAUUUGGGAGAAGAGAGUUGUGAAGGAGGGAAGGGAGAAGAAGAAUGUUUGGCAAGAAGGACACUUGAUGCACAUCUCGAUUAUAUCUACACUAAUCUGUCCCUAGCCAACCCUGACCCAAAACAUUGAUAUUGGAAUUAUUGAAACCAAACUAUUGUAUGUUAAAUAAAAAUAUCAAUAUAUAUUAUUGGUUCACAUAUGUUUUGGUUUGAUUUCUCUUGCUUUAAUUAAAUAAAUUGAUUUUUGCUAA